GAUAAUAAUAAGUAAAUAUACAUCCGCAUCGAUCGAGGCGCCAUUUUGCAUUGGCGUCAGAGCGGAGGUGCCGGGUCCAAAAUGGCGAAGAAGGAGUUCUGCAGCCGUCUGGAGGAACCGGCGAGGAAUUCGAAGAACGAUGCUGGAGCCGCGGUCCAGGAUUCAGCGCGGCAAUGGCCACGUCUGAUUCACGUGGUCUCUGGAGAGGACUCCUGCGAUUUUGCUCCCAAGCCGUUCAACGCCGUCGCCGCGCACUGCGACUGGCACCUUGCGAAGGAGCUCUCCAAGCCGUGCACCACAUCCGCCGUCCGACGUCGGCAGAAGAUCUCCAACACGAGAGCAGCGGUCUGCGUCGUGACGGCCGCCGCCUUAUUCAUGACCGUGGCUCCGACAUCUGCCGCUGCUACUCCCGACGACGACGCCAGGACGUUCGUGGCAGGUCCCAACGUCACGGUGUCGUUCCUGUUCGACCACGUCAACAACGCCAUCGAAGUCCGCCUGCUCAGGAACGGCUCUCUUCUGGCGAUCUGCGAGACGACGGGCCAAUUGGAUUGUGGCAAGUCACGUGACCCCGACCUGCGCGUCGAUCACUGGUCCCCGACCCACGGAACGGUGUUCUUCCCCGAGGCGGUCGUCGGGACGUACGUCCUGCGGUGCUGCGACGCCAACGGAGACUGCAGCGAGUUCAACUUCAGCGUGGAGGCCAUUCCUGCGACGACUCCCGCCACGUCUCGCCCUCCUGCCACUCGCCCAUCGGACCGGCUGCCCGCGACCUCUACACCCCCGUGGUUGAUUGCCGUUGCCGUUGCCGUGGUCGGAAUCGUGUUUGUCGCCGGAUUGGUUUGUGCCGUGUACCGCUUCAAAUUCAGCGGUCACAGAGCACUGCCUGUUAAGGAACCGGCAGAUGAGAUAUCUCUUAGCACACGACCCCAUUUGACCUCCCCACCCCCAAGCCCCUCCCCUCUCGACCCCCUCUCCAUAGAGAGCCAUACGGGCAAAGACGAAGAAAUGGAACACUCCCUAGCCACCACAUUGCUCCAAUCGACCUCCUGCGUACCGGGCGAGGUAGUUAACACUCCUUAGCCACCACAUUGCCCCAAUCGACCUCCUGCGUACCGGGCGAGGAAGUUAACACUCCCUAGCCACCACAUUGCCCCAAUCGACCUCCUGCGUACCAGGCGAGGUAGUUAACACUCCCCAGCCACCACAUUGCCCCA